AUGAAAACUGAGAGGAAUAAUCAGUACAGAAUUUACUUCACUCCAACCGUCAGGUCAUACUCGGCUAAUCAUGUACAGCUACAGGCUGGGUUAGAACCGGAUCCUCUGCAGUACAAUCAAUAUUCAAAUAUUAUAUUCUCAAAGUGGCACACAAUGGAAGGAAAAUACGCCAGGGAGAGAAGCUGGAUGGAGAUUGUGGAUAAAUCUCUUGUAAAACAUCAGUUAAAUGCAACUAGUGAGGAGGAAACACUGACAGAGGAAACAGAAGAUGAAGAGAUUCAAGGAAAACAGAAAGUAGUGAAAUCAUGUGAUAAAUGGGCGGGAACUUUGAUCUUUCUUCUUCUUAUGGGACUAACUGUUCUUAGUUCAACUCUAUGUGUGUAUGCUCUGGACAGCUGCUAUGGCUUAAACAAAGGAGCAUCUGUAGAGGAUGUAUUCCCAAGCAUCAAUGAUUCAGUCAUCAUUGAAGCUGGAAAUCUAGAAAAUGAAGAUGACACUGAGAUCAUGAAAGGGGAGGAGAUGCCUGUUGAUCCUGUAGAACAACCUGGAGAGCUGGACGAGCUUUAUGAUUUUGAUUUUGAUCUUGAUCUGAAUUCUGAUUUUUAUGUUGUCAGUGUACCCCAGGAGAACAAUAUACUAGCUAGACCAGAUCUUGAAAAAUCUCAAGCCAGUAGUUCUGAAAAAACUCAAUCUAAAACCAGUAGUUUGGACCAAACUCAAUCUCAAGCUAGUAGUUUGGACCAAACUCAAUCUAAAGCCAGUAGUUUGGACCAAACUCAAUCUAAAGCCAGUAGUUUGGACCAAACUCAAUCUCAAGCUAGUAGCUUGGACCAAACUCAAUCUCAAGCUGGUAGCUUGAACCAAACUCAAUCUCAAGCUAGUAGUUUGGACCAAACUCAAUCUCAAGCUCGUAGUUUGGAGUUGAACCAAACUCAAUCUAAAGCUCGUCGCCCAUAUUUCCCACAAGCCUCCGCUUUACAGACAAAUCUGAAUAGUAAGGCACUUAAUCUAGUUACAGCGUCCAACCUUCCCUGGGGUCCUGAGAGGUCCCACACAGAAUUUGGACCCGAUCUAUUCUGCUGUUUUGACGUAUUGGACACAAACGGUCAGACAGACAACGUUGCUAUAAAUGGCUAUACAUCGUCUCACACCGGCAACAUCCCCCUACUCCCCCUACUGAACUUCUGA